GUCAUAUUGUUUUUGUUGGUUACAGAGGUUAGGUUACUGUAGUCAAAACAUCUUAUUAAUAAGAAAAAAAAUCUAUAUUUAAAAACAAAAUUUCUAAAUGGCUGCUAGUGGUGUUGGAAGAGGUCGAGGGUGGUUAAAUUUAAAUAAAAGGUCAAAUCCAAUUCGACCUGGUCCCAUACCAAGUUCUAAUGAAAAUCAGAAUGCAGAAAAAGCUUCCCUGGGAAAGGAUAAAGUGCUCUCAACAUUGGAGGCAUUAGAUGUAAAAGAUGAUGGUAUCCUUUUAAAUCAAAAAUUAAAAUACAUAUUGGAAUGUUUUGAACAAGAAUGCAAAACUGCCAAUGAGGUAGAAGACAAGUUCAAAUUAUUAUAUCAAAAAUGCCUACAAGAUUCUAAAUUAGCUACAAAAUUAGUGCUGAUGGUUUCUUCUUAUUCAUUCAUAACGACAGAGGUUCAUUCAGUAAAGUUGCGAAACAUAUUUAUUAGACAUAUUCAGCAAGAUUUUGAAAAUAGCAAACAGUUACAAACAACAGAUUCUGAUUGUUUUCGCAAUGCCAUACGAAUGUUAGGAGAAUUCUUCAAUAAGGCCAGACUUGUAGAUGGUAGUCAAAUUAAGUUCUUAGCUGCUCCUUUGCUUAGAUAUUUUGAUAUGCUAGUUGAAUCAGCACAACCUGAGGAUUUGGAACUUUUUACAGUUCAGUUAUUUUUAAAUGGGAGUAGUAUCAAAGCAGAAUUUCCUCAGAAAUUGAGUGAAAUAAUGGUUAAAAUACGGGUACUGCUGACUACAGACACUCAGUUGACUAAAAUAUCAAAAUUAUGGCUUUUAUUGGCUUUGGAUGUGGAAAGUCAUCGAUUUAGCUUGCUUACAUCAGAUUUGCAAAAAUUUUACCAGGAUCAGUUAGGGGAUAAGGCUAUGGCUGGAUUUCAGGGCUUCCAUAAUCCUUUAUCUGUAGAAAUUUCGUAUUCAAACAAAACGUUAGAUAGUUAUCAAAGUAGUGUUAAUGUUCUGCAGGUGUCACCACCUGAAUCUACGUCGCCUCUAAGCGACAAUUGUUCAUCUGCUCAAAAUAGUAGCAGUACAUCAAGUCAGGUGGAUUUGGACUUGGCAUUAGCAAUAAAUAAUACAAAGAAUUUUAUGGCAGAUUCUAGUAAUAAUGACUGGUCAGGUGCUAACAAGGAUAGCUCUGGUUCUAGUAAUAUUGGCAGACCUAUUUUGGGGGUCGGUGCGCGCCUUUUAAAAGGUAAAGACUCUAGUCAGUGGGAAAACGGGGAUAAAGGAUGGAAUAAUAGACAAAAAAGUGGCGCAAAUAAGUCAUGGGGCGGGCAGAGAAAAGGACAAAUCCCAUCUAAAAGUAAAGGUUGGGAGCAUGACGAUCGUUUCGAAACAGUUUAUCAGUAAUGGAGCAGCUUUAUUACUAUUAUAUUAGUUUUGUAUAUUUUGUUCGUAAUUAAUUUUAGAAAAACCAUUUAUGUAAGUAAUUUUAAACGAUGCGACAAUGGCUCGAUUGUAUGAAGUGUUAUUAAAACGUAAUCAAGAAAAAAAUGAAUCGAUCUCAAAAGUGAUCUAUUUGGAAUGUUUAAAACAAUAAUCUGUGAUAUCACAGAAAAAUUCUGCAUUCAAUGCACAAUCCUAUAUAAUUAAGUACUUAUAUAUAUUUAUGGGUAAUUAACAUCAAACUUUUUUUAUAUUUUGAUGAGAGCUUUACAGUUAAGAAAAUUAAUUAAAUACUAGAAAUAACGAAUAUGCUGGAAUGUUUUUUAUCUUUCAAUGAAAGCUUUAAAUCGUGGAAAUAAAGUAAAACUAGAAACGACGAAUAUGCUGGAAUAAAUUUAUUGUUUUAUUGCAUUUUAUUAAUAGCUUUUUGUGAUUUACUUAAUGAAUUAUUGGGUAAACGGAUUUUGUUUGCUCAGAAUUUCUAGUACCUAUCUUUUACAAUUUUUAUUAUGUGUCAUCGUUAUUGAGAUGAUGCUUUAUUUAUCGCCAAUUUAUUUUUUUUUUGUAUAC